UGGCCCCCGUCCUCUCGCGCACUCGCAUAGUCGCAUCUGGUGACCCGGAACCUUGUGGCAGAAUCCCCCAUCCGCCGUCCGCCGUCCGCCGAGGGAGCCAAUCGAGGAAGAUGGCCUCCGAGGACCGCAGCGGGAGCCACGCGCCGGAGAUUAAGGAGGAGGCCGCCGCCGCCUCCGCCGGAGCUGGCUUCGGCGAUCUGGAGGACCCGCGGUUCCAGUGCUGCGUAUGCCUGGAGCUUCUCUACAAACCAAUUGUUAUUGCAUGUGGUCAUAUGUCAUGUUUCUGGUGCGUCCACCAUGCGAUGCAUAACGCCCAGGAAUCCCAUUGUGCGAUAUGCAGGCGGCCUUAUAAUCAUUUUCCUAGUAUCUGCCCGCUCCUCCAUCACUUGCUUGUAAAGCUUGAACCUGUCGAAUACAAGAAAAGGGAAAAAGAAGUACUAGAGCUAGAGAAGUUCAUGGAUGCAUACUCUCCACAAAAUAUUGAGUUUUUAAACUCCAAGGGCAAUAAUUAUGAAAAUGGAAAAGAUGGGGACAACAAGCUUGAAGAUGGCAAGACUGGAUUCCCAGGUGAAGUUUCAGUUGAUGACAAUACAAUGAACGAGUGUUCAAAGAAAGUAAAGUUAGAGGAUGUGUCAUGUCCUCUCUGUAAGGAUCUGCUAUAUCAACCUGCUGUUCUUAACUGCGGUCAUGUGUAUUGCAUGUCUUGUUUGCCUUCGUUAGGUGAUGAAGCAUUGAAAUGUCAAGUUUGUGGAGGUCUUCAUCCCGGAAGUUAUCCUAAUGUUUGUUUAGAUCUUGACCACUUUCUGGAAGAAUAUUUUCCAGCAGAACACGAAUCAAGACGCAAGAAACUUCUGUCUGAGAGCACUCAAUGCAACCCUGAAGGAUCAUCUUCAGGUACUUCAUGCAGCAAAGAUGAAAUGGAUAAAGUAUCAAAAGGGGUAACCUAUGGACAGAAGAAUCUAGACUUAUCAAAUGUUCACGCUGGAGUUGGAUGCGACUCAUGUGGGGUCUAUCCGAUCCGAGGGGAGCGAUACAAGUGCAAGGAUUGCACGGAAGCAAUCGGGUUUGACCUGUGCGGGGAGUGCUACAACACCAGGUCGAAACUCCCAGGCCGGUUUAACCAGCAGCAUACCUCUGACCACAGGAUGGAACUGGAUAACUCGUCGCUCUACGAUGCGUUCCUGAGAUUCCAAGGGAUACCUGGGGAAGGUCUACAUCAGCUGAUUGUAGAAGAGGCGUUUAUUGGUCCUGGCGGUAUGUUGCAUAUAAUAGGUGAUGACCAUGAAAUGGAGUACAGCGAUGAGGAGGAGGAAUGAGGACUGCUGGUUGUAGAAAAAUAGAUUUUUGUUUAAUAGCAAAGCUGAUUCUGGGAGCGAAUACAUGGAUGUUAUAAUAUUGUAAUGUGAAUACUUUUGGGUCCAAGGUCAUUGUCUUGUUUGUGCUUUUGUAAAUAUAGAUCUAUGUUUUGGUCUUC